AUUUAUUUGUGAUCACUAGUCACUUGCCAUAAUGACCCAACAGCUUAAAAUUAUCCCCACAAACUUUCGGUCUAUUGUUUUUAGUUUUUCUCAGAUGCCAUCCGAAGAUCCUAGAAAAUGUAACGAACAGUAAGUUAAUAAAUUACACAAAUUAAUAAUAACAUAAUAAAAAAAAUUAUAAAAACCAAAUCUUGAGAAAAUUUUUACCGAUCAUAAUUUCUCGGCUUUGCACGCGAGUAGUAUUAUGUAUGUAAGUGCGUAAAAGGCAUCCCAGUUACUCAGUGACAAGCUCGAGAAUCGAUAGAUUGAAUUGUACUCUUCGUGGGAGCUUUAAAGACUGAGGGUUCCAAGUCGACGCACUUUGCCUGCGCAUCUCAUAAAUAAUUUCAUUUAUUAUUAAUUCGCUUUAUACAUUCGCUUUAUGCUCCCGGAAAAUUGUCCUCUAUUACUCAAUUACGCAAUUUGCAUACAUCAUCAUCAUCAACAGACAAUUAUUGAGAUAUUCUGGCGUCCCUACUCAAUUCAUUCUUUACUUUAUUCUGUCGUAUUUAUUUUCACCCCAACAAUGGAACAACUAGCAUCAAACUUUUUACUCCUAAGUAUCGCAGGAAUCUGGAAACCCCGCGGCUGGCAUGGUGUCAAAGCAUUUCUUUACAAUAUUUACAAAUUUAGCAUCGUGAUUGUUAUUCACUUAUUUUUAAUAUCCGGAAUUCUUGACCUCGAGUUCCGAAACGUUGAGCUAAACUCGCUAAUUGACAACGUAUCGUUACUACUGGCCAUGGCCGUGGUACGUCAAAAAAUAGGCUGCUUUAUUCUAAAUCGCACCGCAAUUAAGGUAAUGGUUGACACGUUUGAUAAAGUUCCAUUCAAACCACGUGAUGGCAAAGAAAAAGUCAUUUCUAUGAGAUUCAACAGGUUCGCUAGAAAGAUAUUGGUGUUCCAACCGAUGAUAUUCUCAGGCGCGUUAUUAUUUUAUUCUUCCUCACGUAAGAAUAUUAUUGACCCCCCAUACAUUUUGCCAUACAGAGGGUGGAUUCCUUACAGUUACACGUCGCCAGGAGUAUACUGGGGAACAACAAUAUUUCAAUUUUAUGCAAUAUACACUGCGACUGCUAUUAAUAUUGCAGUUGACCCGUUGUUGUCAGCAAUUAUUUGUCAAAUGUGCGCGCAAAUUAAUAUUCUGAGACAUAGAUUUGAGGAAAUGGUUAAUCAAUUAAAAGUUAUUGAUAAUUAUGAGUCAGAUACCGUAUCCGCUGAACGUAAAUUGAUUGCACAGUGGGUUGAAUAUCACAUUAAUGUUUUAAGUUUAGUAAAAUAUAUAAAUAAAAUAUUUUCAAGUGUCAUAUUUGUACAGUAUACAGUAAGUUCACUUGUACUGUGUACAUUGUCGUUUUUAUUAUCUCAUACAGAAACAAUGACGACAACUUUCGUUGGUUAUUUUGGAUUUCUAACUGCCAUGUAUGUUCAAAUAUUUUUGCCCUGUUAUUGCACCCAUAUGUUGACUACCGAAUGUUUAAAUUUGAGUUCUGGAAUAUUUGAAACAGACUGGUUCAAAUUAAGUGCUAAUAUAAGAAAAUCAAUCAUUAUUAUUGUAAGCAAAUGUUAUAAACCAGUUUUGAUAACAAGCAGUUUUUUUAUUGUUUUAUCUCUCGACUCAUUCACUAAGAUUAUUAAACUUUCAUAUACUAUUUAUAACGUACUAGAAUAAGUUAUAAGAUUUGAAUGACAAAUAAAAUUUUAAAAAUUAUAUCCAUGACAGACUCAAAUUAUGAUAAAUUACAAUAAUUCGGUAAUCCGCCGUAAAAAUACCGAUUUACUGUAAAUCUGCUGUAAAGUCCACCGUAAAUCUACGGUAAAUCCACCGUAAUUUACGGUGGCUCCCACUGAAGUUUUACGGUAGGCUUACCGUAAAAUACGGUAAAUUAAUUGUUUAGAUCAAUAGAAUAAUGAAAGCGCUUUAAAAAUGAGUACCAAUAUGAUGUACUUAUUUUCAAUAGUUACAAAUAUUUAUAUUUAUAUAUAAUAUAUGUCGUUAUAAUCGUAGAUAAUAA